AUGGACCCGAACCGUAUAAUACAGGCUCUGAAAGGGACUAUCGACCCAAACCUACGGAUAGCUGCGGAAAAUGAGCUCAAUCAGUCCUACAAAAUCAUCAACUUCGCCCCCACACUGCUUCAGAUUAUUGUCUCCGAACAGGUGGAGUUUCCCGUUCGGCAGGCAGCGGCUAUCUACUUGAAGAACAUGGUGAGUCAGUACUGGCAGGACAGGGAACCAUCUGUGGGGGAGAUCGUCUUUCCCUUCAACAUUCACGAGAAUGACCGGCAGCAGAUCAGAGAGCACAUAGUGGAGGGUAUCAUCCGCUGUCCAGAAUCAAUACGCGCCCAGCUGACCAUGUGUCUCAGAGCCAUCAUUAAGCACGACUUCCCAGGCCGCUGGACCGCCGUUGUGGACAAGAUUGGCAUGUACCUGCAGUCCCAGAACAGUGGCAGCUGGUAUGGCAGCCUCCUGGCUCUCUACCAGCUGGUCAAAACAUACGAAUACAGGAAGGCAGAUGAGAGGGAGCCACUGCUGGCGGCCAUGCAGAUUUUCUUGCCACGGAUUCAGCAGCUCAUCAGCCAGCUGCUGAGCGACGCCACCAUCUUCUCUGUCCUCAUUCAAAAGCAGAUCCUCAAGAUCUUCCACACGCUCGUCCAGUACUCGCUGCCUCUCCAGCUGAUCAACAACACCGUGAUGACCCAGUGGAUGGAAAUCCUUCGAGCUGUAAUGGACCGAGACGUCCCUGCCGAGACCCUGGAGGUUGAUGAAGACGAUCGUCCUGAACUGGCGUGGUGGAAGUGUAAGAAAUGGGCUUUACGAAUCAUCACCAGACUUUUUGAGAGGUAUGGAAGCCCUGGCAACGUGACCAAGGAGUACUACGAGUUUGCAGACUUCUUCCUGAGGACGUACGCGGUAGGCAUGCAGCAGGUCCUGCUGAAGGUGGUGGACCAGCACCGGCAGAAGGUGUACGUCACUCCCCGGGUCCUGCAACAGUGCCUCAACUACCUCAACCAGGGCCUGUCGCACUCACUGACCUGGAAGCAGAUGAAGCCGCACAUGCAGACCAUAUGCCAAGAGGUCAUCUUUCCUCUGAUGUGCUACAAAGAAGAAGAUGAGAGGCUUUGGCUGGAAGAUCCAUAUGAAUAUAUCCGCAUGAAAUUCAAUCUCUACGAUGACCACGCCCUCCCAGCCACCGCCGCUCAGGGCCUUCUGUGUAAAGCUGCCCGCAAGAGAAAAGAGGUUCUUCCUCAAAUGAUGGAGUUCUGUCACCAGAUUCUAAUGAACCCUUCUGCUGACCCCCGUAAGAAGGACGGAGCACUGCACUGUAUCGGCGCCCUGGCCGAGCUCUUACUGAAGAAACAGAUGUACAGGGAGCAAAUGGAGCUAAUGCUGCAAAACUACGUCUUCCCUUUGCUAAACUCUCCAAUGGGAUACCUGCGUGCCCGGUCGUGCUGGGUGCUGCACUGCUUCAGCCCGCUGCGGUUCCACGACGAGGUGGUGCUGAGGAACGCCGUGGAACUGGUCAAGCAGGAUCUGAUCGACGACAAAGAGAUGCCCGUGAAAGUGGAGGCCGCCAUUGCUCUGCAGACGCUGGUCAGCAACCAGGAGCAAGCCAAGCUGUACAUCAAGCCGUACAUCCGGCCGGUGAUGCAGGAGCUGCUGCACGUGGUCAAAGAGACGGAGAACGACGACCUGACCAACGUCAUUCAGAAGAUGAUUUGCGAGUACAACCAGGAGAUGGCCGCCAUCGCGGUGGACAUGACGCACAACCUGGCAGAGAUCUUCACAAGGGUCCUUCAGAGCGAGGAGUACGAGGAGAACGAGGACAAGACCGUCAUGGCUCUAGGCAUCCUCAGCACUAUAGACACCAUCCUUACCGUCAUGGAGGAUCACAAGGAGAUCACCCAGCAGCUGGAGGGGAUCUGUUUGCAAGUGAUCGGACUGGUCCUGCAGAAGCCCAUCAUAGGUAUGGCAGAGUUCUACGAGGAGAUUCUGUCUCUGGCGUUCGGCCUCACCUGUCAGACCAUCUCCCCCCAGAUGUGGCAGCUCCUAGGUGUCCUCUACGAGGUCUUCCAGCACGACUGCUUUGACUACUUUACAGGUAGCUGCCGCUACAUCCAUUCUUUGAGUGCAUGUGGGCUUUGUGAAGCAUAUUUUUAA